AUGCUUUCUGCUACUAAAAGAUAUUUAGCCACUGCUGCUACUAACAAAGGUUUUACCAACACCACUUCACAAUUAGGAAGAGCAACAUUAACUAUAAAAGAUGGACCUGUUUUCAAUGGAUAUUCAUUUGGUGCCAAUAGAAAUGUUAGUGGUGAAGCUGUUUUCACCACUUCUUUAGUAGGAUAUCCUGAAAGUAUGACUGAUCCAUCAUAUCGUGGACAAAUUUUAUGUUUUACUCAACCAUUAAUUGGUAAUUAUGGUGUUCCUUCAAGUACUAUUAAAGAUCAAUUUAAUUUAUUAAAAUAUAUGGAAUCUCCUAAAGUCCAAUGUAUUGGUAUAGUUGUUGCUGAUGCAGCAUUGGAAUAUAGUCAUUGGACAGCAGUGGAAAGUUUACAACAAUGGUGUAAACGUUCUGGUGUUGCUGCCAUAACUGGUGUUGAUACUAGACAAUUGGUGAGUUAUUUAAGAGAUAAAGGUUCUUCUUUAGGUAGAAUCACUAUUGGUGAAGAAUAUGAUGCUGAUGAAGAUGCAGCUUUUGAAGAUCCUGGUGCAGUCAAUUUAGUCCAUAAAGUAACCACAAAGGCCCCAUUCCAUAUUGCAUGUCCUCCAAAGUAUUCUAAAGGGAUUCAUAUUGCAGUUUUAGAUUGUGGUGCUAAAGAAAAUAUUUUACGUUGUCUUGUUGAAAGAGGAGCUUCAUUAACUGUUUUCCCAUAUGAUUAUCCAAUUGAUAAAAUUGCCAAUAAAUUCGAUGGGAUAUUUAUAUCUAAUGGCCCUGGUGAUCCAACUCAUUGUUCUACUACGGUUAAUAAUUUAAAAAAAAUUAUAAAUAAUCAUCAAGAUUUACCAAUUUUCGGUAUAUGUUUAGGUCAUCAAUUAUUGGCUUUAGCUAGUGGCGCUAAAACUAUAAAAUUAAAAUAUGGUAAUAGAGCUCAUAAUAUCCCUGCCAUAGAUUUGAUUACUGGUAAAUGUCAUAUUACAUCACAAAAUCAUGGUUAUGCAGUUGAUGCUAAUACUUUAUCAGAAAAUUGGCAACCUUAUUUUACUAAUUUGAAUGAUUUGAGUAAUGAAGGUAUGAUUCAUAAAUAUCAACCAAUAUUUUCUACUCAAUUUCAUCCAGAAGCAAAAGGUGGUCCAUUAGACACUUCAUUUUUGUUUGAUAAAUUUUUCGAUAAUAUAGAUGUCUAUAAAAAGACAAAUGGAUUAAAUUUGCCAGUUGUUGAAAACAGUUUGUUAGUUGAUAUUUUACCAAAAGAAAGAGUUGAAUAG